AUGGGUUGCUGAAGACCAAUUCUAACCAGGAAUCUUCACGGGACCAUAAUUAUGGUAGUGAAAAAACAAUACCACAUAAUCAUUAGGGUCUGGGAUACGAACUCACAACCAGCGCGUCACGACAGCUAAAACGCGUAGUUUCAGCGAAACAGUUUAACGGUAAUGAGAAAAAUUGUCGAUUAAAGUACAUAACAUUAAUAAAACCUCAUGACAAGUAUUUAUUACACAUCGAUGUAGAACGAUACAUAAUAUUAAUUAAUCCUGUAUAAUAACUAUACAUUACGCAUGGAUUUGGAACGGUUUUAUAAGAAAAAUCAAAUCGUUUUCACGAGGCGUAUUGUGUAUAUUUAUCUGGAACACAAAACACUUAAAACAAUAUUUACACAGGUGCAUGCAUUCAGAUAAUGUAAGUGCACAUUGUCCCUGUUAUAAAGCACCUAAAUCUGAAGGCAGAUAUGCAAAUUUGUGUAGCCUAUUUUGCAUAGUUUAGGUGACCCUUAUACUCAUAGAAAAUUGACCCUGUACAUACUUGUCAAUCUUAACAAAAUCGAAAGCUCCCCACAGCAGGUAUUAUUUCGUUUUAGGAUAAAUAUUCCAUCUUUUUAGAAAAACCGGUGUAAUUGGAAGGAAGUUCUGUUAGCAACGCCAUGCAUUUCAGACGCGGAUCUGAGACACUAAGUCACUUGCUUCAUAUUGCGUCAUGCACAAGCGUACUCUAACACCGAAGUAGUUGACUCACGACGCAACAGGCCACGGUGACAUUAUAGAGUGCACCAGAAUGUAAGUCAAACGUACGCUACCGAUCAAACACAAGUGUCUCUUGUCGGGGACUGUAUCCGAGACUUGUUACCAUGUACAACUUGCGGAAGUGGUGGACUUUUAAACCGGUUUUUCUUAAAACACGGACUGGAUAUUUCGUUUUACAUCAACAUUAUGUCAAACUUGUACACGGAAACUGUGUCUUAUGCAGGGGAAUGUAUUUCUUGUUAAAUCCGACAAGGAAUGUUUUCAAAUUCCCCGAUACUUUUGAACAAGUGGACGAUUUGAAAUCGUUCAAAGUAAGAACAGUUCGUGGCGGAUCUGAAAGACGACCUGAGCUGAUAGGCUAUUCUGAGGAUAUUUAUGACGAAGAUAGAUCGGCGGUGUACACUCAAAGUGAACGAAUGCACAGAAUUCAGACAGAACUAACACGAAAAGCCAUUGAGCUACUUGAACAUACAAAACCUCUCUCAACAAACCCCUGCGUCCUUGACAUUGGUAGUGGAUCUGGGAUUAGCUCCGCCAUCUUGAAAAAGGCUGGAUAUUUUGUUGUCGGAACAGACAGUAAUACGUUUAUGUUAAGUAUUUGUAAAAAUAAACUGAACAGCCAGGAUUGUGUGAAAUUAAAUAUGUUCUACCAUUUACCGUUUCGAGCGAGUUGUGUUGGCACGGUUGUGAGUAUUUCAGCGUUACAGUGGAUCUACGCCCUGUCUGACUGUCACAGAUACAUGGGAAUGCUGUUUUCGUCUCUGCACGACUGUCUUGAUGAAAAUGGACGGGGUGUUCUACAGUUCUAUCCUCGGAUGUUGUCAGACGUGGAGAACACUUUGGACGUUGCACAGAAAUACUUUCCUCAUGGUGCUCUGGUUUGUGAUUUUCCUCAUUCUCACAGAGGGAAGAAAAUAUAUUUGAUAUUGAUCAAAUAAAAUACAUGUGAAUAUAUAGAUAUGUCAUUGAGUUAGUGAAUAAAUAUGUUUAUCAUA